AUGUGUCAUAAUUCUUAUCUUAUAGGUCGUAGUGAAGCAGUACGAAAAUAUGGUUUUCUUCCGUCAAAAUCUCAAUUAGUGCCUUCAUCGAGCGAUACAGAUUCGAGUUCGAGUGAUGAUGAGCAAACAAAACUAAAAGCGAGAGCCUUUGUACCCGACCAACGUGCAAUAAAUCUUCGCCAAGCUCGCAUUCCAUUUGGCCUGUUACGUGGCUGUGGAGAUGAGAAUUCGAAUGAGCCAAGAUGGCCAAUUGAAAUUGAAGUUUUACCUGAGGCACGAGUUAAGCAUAUUUUUACUUCUCCAACACAGCCAGAAUUAUUUUAUAAACCAAUGUCAAACCAUAAUCAUAUGCCAUUUGUUCGAAGUGCUGAUGAAGCAAAUAGUCGAGUUGUUUUCAAAUAUAAUCCUGAAACAUGUGGCUAUUUUAUUCGUUCACGUAUUGGUGGAAAUCGGGAAGGUUGUCGGCCAGCAACAGUUGCAAUUCGUGGCGAAGAUGAUGCAACAGUUAUAUUUGAAUCUCGUUUUGAAAGUGGAAAUUUAAUGAAAGCCGUACAAGUAGGUGAAUAUGAAUAUGAACUCUAUUUACGUUAUGAUUUAUAUACAAAACGAAAUACGCAAUGGUUUUACUUUCGUUUGGAAAAUAUUAAAUCCAAUAAACGAUAUCGAUUUACUAUAGUAAACUUCUUUAAACCCACUAGUCUCUACAAUAUUGGAAUGAAGCCGUUAAUGUAUAGCGUUCAGGAUGCCGAAACUAAAGGUAUUGGAUGGAGACGAUGGGGAGAAGAAAUUGUUUAUUAUAAAAAUACUUUACCUUCACCAGAUAAUGAUGGAACAAGUCUAUUUUCUCUCUCAUGGACAUGUAAAUUUCCAAAUGAUCAUGAUACAUAUUAUUUUGCACAUUGUUAUCCAUAUACAUAUUCUGAUUUACAGAACUACUUAACUGAUAUACAAACUGAUCGAGUCAAAAGUCAAUACUGUAAACAAAAAAUUUUAUGUCGAACAUUAGCUGGAAACUUUAUUUAUCUACUUACAAUAACAAAUCCAUCAUCAACUGAUCAUCCACCAAACAGUGAACAAGUUAAAAAAGGAGUUGUUGUAACAGCUCGAGUACAUCCAGGUGAAACGAAUGGUAGUUGGAUGAUGAAAGGUUUACUAGACUUUUUAUUAGGCAAUUCACCAGAUGCAAAAAUAUUACGUGAUAAUUUCAUAUUUAAAAUAAUUCCAAUGUUAAAUCCUGAUGGUGUCAUUGUUGGUAAUUAUCGUUGUUCAUUGUCUGGUCGAGAUCUUAAUCGAAAUUAUAAAACAAUUUUAAAAGAAGCUUAUCCAUCAAUAUGGCAUACACGUGAAAUGAUAAAAAGAUUUAUGACUGAAACAGAACUAGUACUUUACUGUGAUUUUCAUGGACACUCAAGAAAACAAAAUAUUUUUAUAUACGGUUGUGAAAAUAAACAUUUACCAAAUUUACGUUUGAAAGAACGACUAUUUCCAGCUAUGCUAUCAAAAAAUGAUCCAACAAAAUUUUCCUACUGUUCAUGUAAAUUUAAAGUCCAAAAACAUAAAGAAGGAACUGGUCGAGUUGUCAUGUGGUCGUUGGGAAUAUUAAAUAGUUAUACACUAGAAGCAACAUUUUGUGGUUCAACAUUGGACGAUAAAGCUGGACAACAUUUUACAAUGGAAGAUUUAGAAUCAGUUGGUUAUCAUUUUCUUGAUUCAUUAUUAGAUUAUUGUGAUCCAGAUCCAACUAAGUGUCGUCAAAAUUUAUAUGAAGCUUUGUUAAAUGGUUAUUGGAUGACAACAGAAGAUGCUCUUGAAGAAAGUGAUUAUACUAUUGCUCCUGAUCUUGUUCGGAAAAAAUCAAAAUUGUCGUUAAAAAAACAAAGUACGAUUAUACCUGAUUCAACAUCGUAUAAUAAAGCAUGUACAACACUUUCAUCGGAAAAUGCCAAUCGAAAUAGACCUUUACGCGCCGUUCAAAGUGCACCAAACUCGAAAACAAGAAGAAAAUCAUCGGCUAUCACUAGACAUUCGAAAACCAAACGUAAUCCAUCAAAAACCAAAGAAUCAAAAACAACUUAUCAAAAAAGUCAACAGCCAUCAUGUAAACGAUUAUUAAACGAAUUAGAAGAUGAUCUUCGUCAUUCAAUACAAAUGAAAUUACUUUCACGUGGAAUGCAACCAUCAUCUUUAGCUGAUAUUGAUCUUGAUCAAUUUUUAUCUGAUGACGAUUCAAGUGAUGAUGGCGGUUCUGAUAGUUCAAUUGAUGAUGGUCUGCCAAAACAUCUUGAAGCUAUGGCAGUUGCUAAGCUACGUAUGAAAAAGACCAGAACCAAAACGUUGACAGCAAAAAAGAAAGAUAUCAAACAAAAAGAUGAAACAGAUAAGGAAAAUGUUGAUAAAUCUAAAACUUCACGAACAGUUGGUCUAGUAUUAACAAAAACUAAAUAUUCCCAAUUAUCGUCUAUCGGUAUGAUAGAGACACCAGAUGAUGAUGCUUCAUUUUCUCGGCGUAAAAGUAGAAGACAACCUGUAUUAGAUCCAAAUAGAAUAUGUAAAUGUUAUGCAUGUUCAAAUGCAAGAGAUGAAAAACAGAUGGUAACAACCGAUUCUGAUGUUGGUAAUAAUUAUCAACAACGAACAGUAAAACAACGUCGAUUAAAUGAUAAUUUAAGUACAAAUAAAGUAGUCGAUAGUUCUACUCGAAUAAAUCGUGUGCCAACAUUAUCAGCAAAUAAUCGUAUUAGUAGUGGUAAUGGAGUGGUGGAUCGAGUAGAAGAUCGAACAAAACGCACACAGUCUGACUACUUAAAUCUUUUAACACAAAAUAUUCUUGGACAGUCUGAUGUAUUAUCAUCAGCACCUGAUACGCAGAUUAUGUCCAGCAUUGAACAAGAAUCAUAUGCGCUUCGCUAUUCUUCAACACCUUCUGGUAGUACUGCUAUUGUUAAUGAACAGCAAUUACGCAAUGACCAUCGUGAUGCAUUUACAGCAACUUAUCUACUUAAACGAUUAAACAGUCUGGAGCAAGAUUCUACGGUCAUAUCAUCAAACGUUACUAUGCCGCUAUUAAAUCAGACGCCAACAAUAGAAGAACAGGACGACGACAACGACGAUCAAAUGACAGAUGAGGAAUGUGAAGUUGAAAUUUCAAAUGAAGACGAAAAAGGCGAAAAAGCAUCAUUAAACAAUUAUGUAACAAAACAAUUAGCAUUACACUUAAAUGAUCGAAUAUUAUGCAAUAGACGUACAUCACGACCAAAAUCAACCAUAAUUAAUAAUAGCCAAAAUUAUCGGCCAACAUUAGAUAUUCGACAAAUUCAAUCACCUGCAAAUCAAAUUUUGAGUCAAAGACGUUUAUUUGAUCUACAACAGCAACAGCAACGUCAGAAAAUGAUGAUGGUAUUUGGUAAACAAACUUUAGAAAAUAACAAUAAUCAACCGCCACUAUCAACAAUUACAACACGUUCGACGGCUGCAAAUCCACCAGCUUUAAUUCGUCAACAAGAAACCAUAGAAAACUAUCGUGCCAUUUCACAACUGCCUUCUUCAAAUCAUGGUAACUGUGAUCCAACACAAACAUUAACAGCAUUGCAUCCAGCACAAACACUAACACCAUUGCAUCCAACACAAACGUUAUCAACAUUGCAUCCAAUUCAACCAGAUCAUACUCCUGUAUUGAUAUCAGCACGUUUUGACCCAUCAAAUGCUAUUCAGUUACCUAACUUUAAUAAUUCUUUCAAAUUUCACUCAAUGAUCAUGUCAUCUCUAAACACAUCACCGAUCUCUUCUUCAUCUUCUGUUUAUUUAUCGUCGGGACAGUAUCGAAAAGGUUCACCACCUCGAAUAAUUACCCAUCAUCCAUCUCAUUCUCGUUUACCGUCGACAUCGUCAAGUGCUGCCUGUAUCGUAUCAUCAUCACCCAUUGAAAAUUUGAAAAAACUCGAUGAUCCUCUAUUUCCGUUUGAACAUCGUCCAAUAUUAAUAAAAGCACUUGUUAACGAAUGUGAACAUAGUGCAGAUACAAUGAAUUAUGUACUAGACUAUUAUUUUCAAACAGAAUCAGAAAAUAUUAUUAUAAUAUUAAAAAAAAUAAAUGAAACAAACGAAGCACAAUCAAAAAUGUUUCUAGAACGUCUACAUGCUCACGGUUUAAAACAGUGUAUCAAAAGUUCAGCAGUAAUAGAUUCAACUUCGGGUUAUGAUGAUAGCGAAAAAUCAGCUCAUACAAUGAAAGUAUUUCGUUUAUUAUGUUUAAUUAUACAUUCUAAUGAACAAUGGCUACAUCGAAUUGUCAAAGAUACUGUAAUGAAAGAUUGUUUACAAGCAAUUUUAAAUAAAAGGGAAGAUCCAAGUAUUCUUGUACAAGGAUGUUAUUUUUUUUCGGCAUUAACAACUACAAUACCUUCAGAGUUAGCACGAUAUCGUGAACAGAUAUUAAACGUAUUUAAAGCAGUAUGUGAUUAUUUGGAAUAUAAUAGACAUGAAAAUAGGAAAACAAUGGAACAUGUAGUUUUACCGAUGUUUCAACAUGUACGUCUAAAUCCAAGACUUAUCGAUGGCGAUAAAAAUAAAGAAGUUGAAAAGGAUAAAUGGCGAUCAUAUGAAUGUCAUGAUCUUAUUUAUGAGUCACGAAACAUUUGCCUUAAUCCAACUUUUGGCUCUGAACCGCCAUCGCAUCGAAAUUGGAUGCAUGAAUUAAUGAAACGUGUAUUACCCUUUCAACAUUUGAAGGAACCUCAUACUGGUGAUUCAAUCAGUUCUCAGAUAGCUAAUGAACAAACAACAUAUAAAGAUGAAAUGAUACUUGCCACUGGAGACAACAAUAUUUCGAAUAAAAGACGAAGUACAGCAAGUGGUGAAAAUAUUCCGACUAAACUUAUAAAUAUAUUCAAUCGCAUAUUUCGAUCAUCGUCUGUAUCAACAAAUCCAAAACAUCUCUCGACUUCCCCUAACAAUAACCUUGGAACGAAUGAGAAUAUUCCGUCAUCAUCGUUACAUAUACACAUUCCACCAACACAACAAACAAUAUUAACGCAAGCCGAUUCAUUACAUUCAAGUGGAUCAGUACCUAUAAUGAGAAAAGUGAACAUGAAUGCUGAUGCUGGUAUUUUAAUUACACCUGAAUCAUUAAAACAAGGAACACUUACUACUCGUCAAAGUGAACACCAAGCAUAUAUAAAAACAGUUAUUGAUGCCUUGAACAAAUUAUACGAUAAAGAAUGGCCACCAGCACUAGCAUUGUUUUUUGGCAUUAAUGAAGUAAAGGUUUUACCUUCACAUACAUUUGUAUCCGAACAACAACAACAACAACAACAACAACAACAACAUCAUGCAACAACAGCAGAUAAUAUUCUAUUUUAUUUAUCAGCAUCAGAACACAGUCUUCAAAAUAUUGAAGACGAAAAUUCGAGUGAUUCAUUAACAACACCUAACACAAGAAUACGGUCCUCUUCGUCUUCGUCAGCCACGGCAACAUGUCAUUGUGUCAAUUCACCUAUACUACCGCCAGCACCAGAAAAUGAUAACGGAAAAUUUUCUCGUACAUAUUCUUUAUCGUCUAAACAACGAAGAACACAUGAACAUCCUACUCUCUGUCACCGACCUAUACCAUCACCGACAACAAUAAAACCAUCUCGUAUGUAUCAUAGUCCUACUGCUGAAAAAGAAUACUUUAUAACCAAACCACUUAAAGAACCAUCUGCAUCUCCACCGUCACCGUCAUUACUAUCGGCAGAUCAACAAAUAAUACUAAUAAAAAAAACAGAUGAAUAUUUAACAACAAAUCUGCUUUCAGAACAAGUUUCUCCUACAAAUGUUAUGGAAAAUAAUGCAGUGAAUAUUGAUAAUUAUGGACAAAAGGGAGAAAGUAUCUUUAACAAAUCUACCCAAUGUGGGGAUUUGUGGCUAAUUGAUGUACCUUCCGAAUUAUUUAUCAAGGAUGGUGAUUCAGAUAUUCAAGAUAUUUCAUCAUGUACUAAUAAAAUCGUUGAUCAAUUAUCGUUAUCAACAGUCAAUUCUACUGAAUUCAAACAAAUGCAUCACAAUUCAAACAAACGUCAUAUUCGUUUACAAGAGUGUCAAUUGAAUUAUGAAGAAUUUUUAUGUAAUCAGUAUAAAAAGAAGUAUGAUAAAAUGUGUCAGAAACAAAAACACAAUCAUCGACAAACAAAUGAACUUCUUGCAACUAAUGGUUUUAUUCGAACAACAAAAAGUGAAAUUGAAUUGUAUCUUAAUGAUGAAUUGAAUUUGCUAGAACAUCAUUCAAAUAUGUUAUCAGAUGAAAAUAAUGAUUUAAGAAGAUUAGUAGUCACAAGUCAAAAAAAUACUCGUAGACGUAAACAGCCUCUUCAAUUGAACACGAAUGAACUUGAUCAAAUGGAAAAAAACUUCAAUGAAACUCAAAAGGCUGUUGAUGGAGAUUAUUAUAAAUUAGAAAAUAUGAAAGUCUCAUUAGAUGAACGUGAACAAAAUGUUAAUUUACCAUUAGAUAGUUUAGAACAAUUAAAAUAUUUAAAUCAAAAUGUAUUACAAUUGGAUGCCAUUAAUCAAGAUUUAGAAUGUGAAAUAAUACGUUUAAAUCAGGGUGAUGAUCGAAUUAAUCUAUUAAAUCACUCCCAUGGCCAAUAUGGUAGCGGUGGAGGUGAUACAGAAAGUGAUUUAGAUUCUCUAUCGUUGUAUGAUAAUGAAAAUGAACAACAACUACAAGAAGAUGAAACUGAGAAUUUUGAUCAAUUGUUAAAUGAUGCAAUCAAAUUGUUGAAGGAACAAAAUGAAGACAAUUCAUUAAAUCAUGAUGAAAUAGAAACGGAGGCGUUCAAUAGAGUCUUAUCUUAUAUGGAAAAUAAAACGCACAUGCAGAACUUAUUGUUAGAUCACAAUACUCAUUAUAGUGAAUUGUAUUUAUCUGUACAAAAUAAUUAUAUGGCUGAAAUACAAAAUGAAUUAUUAUUAAAUCAACAAGCGUAUACACAAUUGGAGACAACAGUUGGAACAUUGUUUGAUCGCAUAUCAUCUACAACGCAACAAACAUUAAUUGAAAAGGGUUAUGUUGUUCAUUCUACUGAUCGACCAAUUCAGUCGCUAUUUACACCUACAGGUUCGACACAUCACGAUAAAUCAUCAUCAACAAAUUGGUUACUCGAAGAUGAAGAUACUAGUUUAGAAGAAGAUGAAUUAUCGAAUGAAGCCAGCGGUGUAAUUGAAAAUUUACUUAAACGUAAUAAAGCGUCAUUUGAGCAUGAACAGUUGUUAUUAGCUGAUGUAUAUCGGAAAAAUCGUACAUAUCUAUCGAUACAUGACGAUAAAGUAUAUGCUUUUAAUUUUUCUUAUUUUGUCUUAAACGGUGAAGGAACUUAUCGUUUAAUAUUAAUAUCAUCGAAAGGGGAUGCUGACUUAUACGUAUCAAAUCGUUUCAAACACGUAACUUAUUACAAUUAUAAUUUAAGUAGUACAACAUGCGGUAUUGAUGAAAUAGUAAUUGAUCGAUCGAUAAAACGACCAGUCUAUAUUGGAGUUUAUGGUUAUUCUCAAUAUCGUGUUAGCUAUUAUCGUUUAUUAGUUGAACAAAUAUCACAAGCUACAAUUGAAGAUUAUUUUACUUAUAUUUAUACAUCGGAUUAUUUUUCAACUAAAAGCGAUGAAAACUAUUUUAAAAAUAAAAAUAAAGUUUACUCUAAUAUUGAAUCAUCAUCAAAUGACUAUUAUGGACAACAAGAACAAGAAAGACAAGGUAUGAAACCUCAUGAUCAUGAAUAUCAAUAUCGAGAAUUAGAACAAGAAACAACUGUUAAAGAUGAUGAUUCAAAUGAUAAUAGACACAUAUUUUGGAAUUUAUUUUUGUCUAUAUUGAAUUUUCUUGUUGAAGUUUUAACAUAA